CUCCUGGUCCCGCUGGAAGACCUGGCAUCCCGGGGGACAAAGGUGCCAUUGGGAUGCCUGGACGUGUGGGAGUAAAGGGCCAACCAGGCGAGAAGCUCCUUUCUUUCCCUCCUCCUUUGCCCAACGCCCACUCCGGGCCCCUGUCCCUCUCCCUCUCCCCUCUCUGGCUCCCACAGGGGGCCCCAGGAGAUGCCGGCGUGUCCAUCAUCGGCCCCCGAGGCCCCCCAGGUCAGCCGGGCACUCGAGGUUUCCCUGGAUUUCCGGGUCCCAUUGGGCUCGAUGGCAAACCGGGCCACCCCGGACCCAAAGGGGAGAUGGGCCUGACGGGUCCCCGAGGACAGCCGGGACCUCAAGGACAAAAAGGAGAAAAGGGUCAGUGUGGAGAGUACCCACAUCGGCUGCUGCCUCUCCUCAAUUCAGUGCGUCUGGCUCCGCCCCCAGUCAUAAAAAGACGGACCUUCCAGGGGGAACAGGGCCAGGCCGGCAUCCAAGGCCCACCAGGGCCACCAGGCCCCCCUGGACCGAGCGGACCCCUGGGGCCCCCAGGACUGCCAGGGCCCAUGGGGCCAUCAGGCUUACCCGGGCCUCCUGGACCAAAGGGAGACCCAGGAGUCCAGGGCUACCACGGCCGGAAGGGAGAACGGGGCAUGCCAGGGAUGCCCGGCAAACACGGAGCGAAGGGAGCUCCUGGAAUUGCUGUGGCUGGGAUGAAGGGUGAGCCAGGGACCCCAGGAGCCAAGGGUGAAAAGGGGGCGGCAGGCUCCCCUGGGCUACUCGGCCUCCUGGGGCAGAAGGGAGAAAAAGGCGAUGCCGGCAACUCCAUUGGAGGGGGCAGAGGGGAGCCCGGCCCCCCAGGGCUGCCCGGGCCCCCUGGGCCAAAGGGAGAAGCUGGCAUUGAUGGCCCGGCCGGCCCCCCAGGACGGCAAGGAGACAAGGGGGAGCCUGGAGCACCUGGAAACCAGGGACCAGCCGGCCCCAAGGGCACCAAAGGGGAACCAGGGAAAGGAGAGAUGGUGGACUACAACGGAAAUAUCAACGAGGCUCUCCAGGAGAUCCGAACGCUGGCGUUGAUGGGACCCCCCGGUCUUCCCGGACAAAUCGGCCCACCCGGAGCCCCAGGGGUCCCAGGCCAGAAGGGGGAGAUCGGACUGCCAGGCCCUCCAGGACACGAUGGAGAAAAGGGACCUCGAGGCAAGCCAGGAGACGUGGGCCCUCCUGGUCCCCCAGGCCCCCCAGGAAAGUCUGGGCCUGCAGGAAUGAAGGGAGAAGACGGACACGCAGGAAGCCCGGGAGAGAAGGGGGAGAAAGGGGAGAUGGGACAGGCGGGCCCACCGGGUCUAGACGGCCCAACUGGGGAGAAAGGAGAACCAGGUGGCCAAGGGAGGCCUGGAGCAACAGGAGUCCCCGGCCCUAUCGGGCUCCCGGGAUUUACAGGAGAGAAAGGAGAGCCCGGGGAGAAGGGGGAGCCAGGAGUGGAGGUUCCUGGGCCUCCAGGGCCAGAGGGGCCCCCGGGACCUCCGGGGCUCCAAGGUGUUCCCGGACCAAAGGGGGAAGCAGGACUAGAUGGAGCAAAAGGAGAGAAGGGUGUCCAGGGAGAGAAAGGAGAUCGCGGGCCGCUGGGAUUACCCGGAGCUGCAGGUUUGGACGGCAGGCCUGGGCCACCGGGUACUCCAGGACCAAUCGGAGUCCCAGGCCCAGCGGGACCAAAGGGCGAGAGGGGCAGCAAAGGCGACCUGGGGAUGACAGGACCAACAGGAGCGGCUGGGCUUCCUGGUUUACAUGGACCACCCGGGGACAAAGGAAACCGGGGGGAGAGGGGGAAGAAAGGCUCUAGAGGGCCUAAAGGGGAUAAGGGAGACCAAGGAGCGCCUGGAUUAGAUGCCCCCUGCCCGUUGGGACACCGAGGUUUUAAAGGAGAAAAAGGGGAGCCGGGGUUACCAGGGCUGGACGGACUGGAUGCCCCAUGCCCAUUGGGCGAAGAUGGGUUGCCAGUCCAGGGCUGUUGGAACAAGUGAUGCCUCUAACCUGGGAUGGCCUGUGUGUGUGUUUGUGCAUAGAAUAUUUAUUUUUAUACAGUUUUCACUUUUUGAAAAUGCCAGAAGUAUGAUGCAUCUUACAGAUUAUUAAAAAAAAAAAGAAAAAAGAAAAACCUGCAUAUUUUGUACAGAAAAUGCCAGCCUCCUUCCGUUUGUUUACAAGAUGUUUUGUAUAAGUCUACGACUCUAAUACACUUUUUGUUUAUGAGUAUGGGCAUACGUUUGCAUGAUAUUUGUGCACACUUAUUAAGUCCUGAAGCUUAAUAAAUUAUUGUGUUCUGGUGCCAAAGGGGGCCAACCCAGCACCGAGGUGCUCGCUAGUUUACGUGUGAAUUCACAGGGACGUGGGGGUCAGUGGUGUUUGCCAACCAGGUGUGUCUAAGAAUUUUUUAAACUCUUACGGAUUUUCACCAUUAAAAAAAAAUGAAACAUGGCAA